CUCUAAUCCCUAACCUUCUCAAGAAAUGCGUCAUAAUAUGUCAACAAUAUGUCAACCUUCUUAAAAAAUUAAAAGUGUACCCCUUCGUCAUACUGACCUCCAAAACUUACUUACAUUUUGAUGGAUGGAGCAGAUAAAUGUAUAGUAAAAUGCCGCUGCACGCAAAGCAGAUUACUCAGCAAGAAAGGAAGAUACCCAAUUUUUUUAAAUUCGUUUUUGGAGGCAGUGCAGGGAUCAUGCGGACUUUUAACAAGUUAUACCUUGAAGCAGAAAGGAAGAAGUUCGGCAUGUACAUCUUAAUGGAGCCAUUCACCAUGAAUUAAGUUACGGCUAAGUUCACUCUGCAUCAGUGUUGCCGAACCUGCCGAUUUUUCGGUAUUUCUACCGAAAUGGGACCUUAUCCACCGAAAUACCAAAAACGUAUUCACAAGAGACGUCGAUUUGGGUAUAUUUGUUUUUGUUCGUACAACAGGUACAGAGUGGUAGAUCACCGUCAUUACCGCAUCACCAGACAAGCAAUAUGAAAACCGAAGCUCGUCUUUAUCUGAUUGAAUGUUAAAUUAAAAUGUCAGGUGAUAAGGCUUCAACUUCAGGGGCAAGUCUGGAAAAUAUUCAGAAUCUUAUAAACAUGAAUGACAAAACGAGUCUCAAUGAUGGUUUCUAAGGAGCUUGAACAGUAACUUCAUUGUACAAGAUGGCGGGAAUGUGUUUUGUCCAGCCAUUGGAAUUGCUGAAAAACCGAAUGCAAGUCACCAAAGGACAAGCUAGUCUCACAGAGGCCGUAACAGGAAUAAUAGACGAAAAGGGUGUCAAAGGUCUAUGGACAGGUCUAUCCGCAGGGUUGGCGAGACAAGCAACUUAUACAACAACAAGAUUGGGGAUAUACACGGUUCUAUUUGAUAAAGCCAAGGCUGCAGAUGGCACACCACCAGGGUACGCUGUAAAGGCAGUGCUGGCUAUGAUGGCUGGACUGUGUGGUGCUUUUGUAGGAACCCCUACCGACCUCGCCUUAGUGAGAAUGACUGCAGACAGCAAACUACCUCCAGAAGAAAGGCGUCACUACAAGCACGUUUUUGAUGCCUUAUUUCGCAUAUACAUGGAGGAAGGGUUGUUCAAGUUGUGGAGGGGAGCCCUGCCUACGAUGGGCAGAGCAGUGAUAGUAAAUGCAGCUCAACUGGCCACGUAUUCUCAGGCAAAGCAGAAGCUUCAGCAGGGUAUGCAGCUGAAUGACGGUGUCGUUCUGCACUUUCUCUCUUCCAUGAUAUCUGGACUGGUCACGGCGAUUGCUUCUCAGCCAGUUGAUAUGAUGAAGACCAGAAUUCAAAAUAUGAAGACGGGCGACGGAAAGCAAGAGUACAAGAGUCCUCUUCAUGUAUUGACUGCUGUAGUAAAAAAUGAAGGUUUUCUGGCGCUUUGGAAAGGAUUUCUGCCAUACUACUUCAAACUAGGACCACAUACCGUACUAACAUUCAUAUUUUUGGAGCAGUUUAAUCAAGUAUAUCUUAAACUCAAGUACGAUGAUUGAAGAAUACUCGAAUGUUCAUAGUGAUGUAAAUGAUACCAAUGAAGUAUUGUCCUUUAUAUCCAUUUUAUUAUUUAAUCCUUAUCAAAAUAAUCGAUUGCGACAUUUAUCAGCGGAAAAAUUUGAAUUCGAAAAUAUGUUCUUGGAUGUUCUGUGCAAAAAAAUAUCAUAGUCAAUAUCACAGUUAAAUUAUUGCUGGUUGCCAAAAGUGGUACUUAAGACUUUGUGACAUAGUUAAGGAAGAAAAGUAAGAAAAAGCUAGGGGGCAAAAAGGAAGACAAUGAUCCUUUAGGGCAGUUAAGCGAAUCCUUGCAACAUAAAUAACACAAAAUGUUAUUCGAACUUGCGCUGAGUUUAUAAUAAUAAACUAAAGCCGC